AUGACAGUGAAGCUACAGGAAUGGCUUGGGAAGGGUGGAGCUGAAGGCCUCAGUUGGUUACAACUAGAAAACUUUCCUGAUACUGGUCGAGGUGUUAAAACGCUUCGACCUCUUAAGCUCAACGACGUAGUCCUUACAAUACCAGGCUCCUUUCUCUGGACAAUAGAAGCAGCAUUUGAUGACUCUGUUCUUGGACCCAUCAUACGCUCUGUAAAACCGUCUUUAUCAGUGGAGGAUACACUAGCUGUAUUUCUUCUUUUUAUCAAAUCACGCGAAGAAGGUGAUGAAGAACUUGAAGUUUGCUCUGGCUCGUCCCUUUAUUAUCUUACUCAACAAUUGAAACAGCAAAUUAAGGACGAUUACCUCCAGCUCCUUAAUAACUUGUUUUCUAAGCAUCCGGAUAUUUUUCUUUUGGAAAGGUUUACACAAAAUGAUUAUAUGUGGGCCCUUUGUACAAUCUGGAGUCGUGCUAUGGACUUCCAAUUACCUGAUAAGCAAUUCCGAUGCAUUGCACCUUUUGCCGACAUGUUGAAUCACUCCCCUGAUGUCCAACUUUGCCAUAUUUACAAUCCCCGAUCGGAUAGCUUACAGGUCUUCAUCAAUUAUGGCCCUGUCCCCAAUAAUCGACUCCUUCGUCUAUAUGGGUUCGUCCUCCCUAAUAACCCAUAUGACUCCUAUGAUCUUAUUCUUUCCACACAUCCUGGAGCACCCUUUUAUGAUCAAAAAGUCGCCUUGCUUGAAUCUGCUGGUUUACAAGUCAAUGCCACCUUCGCUCUCACACUCAGUGAUCCUCUUCCGUUGGAUGUACUUCGAUAUUUACGAAUUCAGCGCUUAUUAUCUUCAGAAAUUUCUGCAAUGGUUGUUAACCGUGAGGCCAGAAAUAUAGUCAGUGCUCGUAAUGAAGCCGAGAUUUUAAAGGCCUUGAUCGAAUCAUUUGAAGGUCUAUUGGCCAAUUUUGGCAUUCCCCUUGAGGAGCUUCAAGAAAAAAUUGCUUUCGGUUUAUAUAAACAAGGAGAUAACGUAUGGGCGGCGGCCCACGUGAGCAUUGGGGAGCAGAGAAUUUUGAGGAUGGCGUUGCAGAAAACAAGAGAGUUGCUUGCGUUGGUUAUUUGUGCUCAGUGUGGAAAGGCGGAUGAAGAUAACAAGCGUUGUUCAAGAUGUAGAAAAGUGGUAUAUUGUGGAAGGGAUUGCCAAAAAAAACACUACAAAAAACAUAAGGUUAUAUGUGAUUGA